ACUUAGUAAUCUAUUCAACUUAAACUUGUAGUAUUUGUAUGGAGAUGGUAUAAUUAUAAGACCGGCUUCGACCAACAUGGAGUACAUUUUAUCUUCUUGGAAACAAGUUGGUUUUUACAUUAUUGUUUAUAUAAUAUAAUUACAAGCAUGGCCAGUUGGAUACACAGAGUCCCCACAUGCUUCUCUCUCUUCAUAUAUAUAUAUUUCUCAACAAGACUUUUGGAAAUUCACAUUCACCAACACAAUCCACUACUGCUCUUGAGAUUCACCAAAUUCCCAAUAUUUGCAAGAAAUGGCUUGCUGGUCUGCUGAAAAUGCCACCAAGGCCUAUCUCAAAACCAUGAGAAUGGGAAAGAAUGCUAAAGAGCCAAAUGGAGUGGAGUUCAUCUCAGCCAUGGCAGCAGGGAACAAUGCUCAAUUCAUGGUGGUUGCCUGCAGUGGAGCGGCAGAUUCCACCGCCCUCGCCCUCCUAGCAGCAGCACAGCAAACCGGAGGGCGCCUCAUCUGCAUUCUCCAAGGCCAGGACGAGCUCCUCUCCUCCACAGCCGCCCUCGGCCCCAAUUCAGGCAACAUUGACUUCGUCAUAGGGGACGCCAAGGUGCUCAUCCCAGGCUGCUACAAGGACUCGGACUUCAUUGCCAUUGACUGCAACCUUGAGAACCACGAGGAGAUCAUAGGGGCAGCCGUUCAAGAGAAUGCCAGGGCUCAUCAUGGAAACACAAUUGUGCUCGGAUACAACGCCUUCUGCAGGGAGACGUGGAGGAACAGCCCUCUGCGCACACAGCUGCUGCCCAUCGGAGAAGGACUGCUGCUCACCAGAGUGGCACCGCCUGCUGCCAAGAGGAGUAAGAGCAACUGGAUUGUGAAGGUGGAUAAGUGCACCGGUGAAGAACAUGUCUUCAGAGUCAGAUCCUCUGUGGGGAGAUUCGUCAGAGCCUGAAAUCUUGAUCAAUCUUUCUUUCUUUCUUUGGUUUAGAUUUUAGCUUCAUUGAAAGAGAUUCUCGAUUAGGAUUAAUAUUUGUCAAUUGUAUAUAGUGUAUCACAAUCAGUAGAGGUAGAUAAGUAUCAAUUUUGUUUACUUUUUUGCCAAACCAACUCAAAAGCAAAGGCACAAAAAGGUGAUUAUAUGCUGAAUCUUGUUCAAUCCAAAA